AGACUGCUAGCUGAUAACAGGCUACAGUAGCCGUCAGCAGUAGCAGACUAGCUAUCAAACAAAUCAACUUUACCACAAACGAAAUUAACACCCCGCUGGACUUAAAAAACCUUAAACGAGAUAUCUGAUCUGAAGACAACGUCGCAUUGAAGUUUCACAACGGGCAGCUCUGGAGAAUAGCUAGCUAUCCCACCGUUAGCCUAGCCUGGUUUGAUAUCAGCACUAGCAAGCCGACCGACAUUAUAGUUAAAAUUUGGUUUUGGUCUUUUAUGUAAUCUUCAGGCGUCUUAGAAAUUAUGCAAUCUUUGAUUGGUGGCAACUUUUAGAUUCGUUAUAUCGUUUUGUUCCGUCAGUCCCGUUACCGAAUCCGUCAAAUCGGCCGGUUGAGUGUCAGUUUCGCUAAGUUUCUCCUUUGAGACAAAUUUGCUGCCGAUUAGAAAAUCCAACACCCCUCAAAAUGAAUUCAAACGUGGAGAACUUGCCUCCUCAAGUGUUGAGACUUGUCUAUAAAGAGGUUUCAGCUUUAGCAGCAGAUCCUCCAGAGGGGAUCAAAAUCUACCCCAGUGAAGAGGACAUCACAGAGCUGCACACUUCCAUUGAGGGCCCAGAAGGAACUCCAUAUGCAGGUGGGGUGUUCAGGAUGCGUUUGGUGCUUGGGAAGGACUUUCCUGCUGUUCCUCCCAGAGGCUAUUUCCUCACAAAGAUUUUCCAUCCUAAUGUUGGGCACAAGGGUGAGAUCUGUGUCAAUGUACUGAAGAGAGACUGGAAGGCAGAGCUGGGCUUGAGACAUGUUUUGUUGACCAUCAAGUGCCUUCUGAUCCACCCAAACCCAGAGUCGGCUCUGAACGAGGAGGCUGGGAAGUUACUUUUGGAGGACUAUAAGGAGUAUGCAUCCCGUGCUCAUCUUCUAACAGAGAUUCAUGCUAUGGGAGGCACUUCAGGGGCCCCUCAGGAACCUGCAGACGGACCCCAACCCAAGAAACAUGCAGGAGACCCAAACAAACGUGUAGCCGGGGCAGGUUUGCCAACAAUGGGUACUGGCACCAACAACUCCAAUAAUAGCAAUACUAAUAUAGUCGCGAAGAAAAAAACGGAUAAGAAACGAGCUCUGAGGCGGUUAUAAAAGAGGAUGAAUCUGUGCUUUUCUGUGUAUAUAUAAAUAUUGAAGUGUGCAGACCACCUUUUCUCCUCCUCCAACUGUCCAAGCGUUUUAGAAUGGCACAUUGGUUUUUCAUCUCGUUUUCGUUCCAUUCGUCUCUUUCCACUUUACUCUCAGGACUUGAACUGUCCUUGUGGCAAUUCUCUCUUUGUUUCAUUCACAAAAGGGGUUUUUCAUCAGUGUUUCCAAAUUUUUAUGAUCAGAUUAUGAAAGUGAUGGUAAAAGGUUUGACCAUUUAUUUGUGGCCUCUAGCAUUACAUAAUGACCAUCACCUGGAUUUUAGUGUAUAUUGUCGGCACAGAAUUUAUAAUAUAUUUAGAUAGGUUGCAGAUGUGAUGGGACGGUAAUUCUGUCUUGUUAUAUUUGGACUGAACCCAUUAAGGUUUUUCAGGGGGUUUAAACAAGAAUAGUACAUCGCACAGGAUACGACCAUUGUAUGUGUGUUUGUGAUGAGAAAGAAGAUCAGGGAUAACAGAGGGGGAGGGGUAAAUGUGGUCUGAAACUUGUGAAUUUUUUGUUUUGUUUUUUGUGAGUGCGUAUUCGUGUGUUAUUAUUUUUGUUUCCAAUUUGUACUAAAUUUUGUUUUUCUAUUUCAUA